UGUUGCUAAGAACAUGCCCAGCAUCAAUUAAUUUAGAGCUUUAUUUGAUUAGAGACUCAAGGAUUCACAAGUUGUCCAUCCUUUUUUUCUUUUUCUUUUUUUUCUAUUUUUUCCUAAACACAUACACAUUUGUGCAAGCAAAUGGUAGGGCAUAAUGUUUUGCACUAAACAAGGCAAACCAUGUGAGAAAUUGGCAAUUUCUUCACCUGCUAUGUUUUCCCUCUCUUCUUCUUACUUUUCUACUUAUCCAUAAUUGACAAAAAUUCUAUAUAUAUAUAUAUAUACACACACACCCACAAACAACACUCACUCACUCACUCACUCACUCAAACCACAAUAACAAGUACCAUAACAAGUCCUUUCAAAUCCAGUUCAAAAGGCAAUUCAAAACAGGGGAUCUUCUUUGUUCUAAAGCAUACACAGAGAUGGGAAUCCAUUUGACAGGAAUAGCAAAUGCAAAGCAAAAGUUACAGAGAACUUUUUCAGCGAAAUACGGAAUUGGAUCGGCGGUGACGACGACGAAUGUUCCUAAAGGGCAUUUUGCAGUUUACGUAGGAGAAACACAGAAGAAGAGGUUUGUGAUUCCGAUAUGGUACCUGAAUCAUCCAUUGUUUAAGGAUUUGUUGAACCUUGCGGAAGAGGAAUUUGGAUUCGAUCAUCCAAUGGGUGGCCUCACAAUUCCUUGCAGCGAAGAUUACUUCAUCAGCUUAACUUCGGCCCUAAAUUGUUCAUAAAUCGAUUUCGGACCCCCCCCCCCCCCGCACUUUUCUCAUCAUCUGCCCUAAUUUUUAACAUUUUCUUGCUUCGAUUUUUUUUUUUUUUCAUCCAAGAGAAUUGAAAUCAAGAGAUUCAAACUAAAGCUGGUCUCUGUGA